AUGUAAUUCUCCAAGUUAAUUCCACCAAGGAAUUCUGUGACAACGUAAUUUUAAUUAUUAUACUCGAAGCACUCUCUAAUUGAAAGAAUGCUUGGAUGAUUCAAACCUCUAAGUAGCGAAACUUGUCUUUCUAACUACGCAUAGUUUAAGCAUUUUAAUGUAUAAGUUUGAUGAGACAAUUAAUCCAAUAUUUUGGAAGAAUCAUCUAUAUCAAUUUGUUUAUACAAUUCUAUAAGAUUAUCAAAGCAGAUUAGGUUUCUACAUAGAUUUCUUAACUAUUCUAGAUCUUUGUGAUUGGCUUUAAAAAACUUGA